AUGCUACUGCCACGGUCUAUACGGUUAUUGCGUCCAGGAGGGUUAGUCGAUGGUUUAUGGCGGCCUGUGCCGCCGAGUUUGCGCAAUCACUCUAUCGCGCUGAAAAGCUACAUAGGAAGGCCCCAGCUUAACACGACAGUAUCGAGGUUGAGUGUUAUUUCAUUUCAUACGCAGACUAGAAGCUUCUCUGCUACUCGAAGAGUACAGAGCACGGAUACUGCGCACAAAAAUAAAGCUAAAGACAAGGCGGAAAAGCCCCAUAAAGAAGCUUCCAAGAUGGGAUUUAGUGAAGUUCUGCGGCUGUUUAAGCUUGCGCGUCACGACUGGAAACUUUUGUGUGUCGCGAUCGGACUGUUGACGAUAAGCUCUUCUGUUGGUAUGGCUAUUCCGAAAGUCAUCGGCUUGGUACUGGAUUCGGUCAAAAACGCUUAUGGAGAUGCCAAGGGACCAAUAACUCUAGAAGAUUUACCUCCCAUUGCCGGUAAUUUUGGAAUGUACGACUUUCUUGGUGUUUUUGCGGGUGCCUUGAUCCUGGGAACAGCUGCGAAUUUUGGAAGAAUUGUUUUACUCCGUGUGCUAGGAGAAAAGCUAGUAGCUAGAUUACGAUCUAACGUCAUCAGAAAGAUUAUACACCAGGAUGCGGAAUUCUUUGAUCGUAACAAGGUGGGCGACUUAAUUUCUAGACUUAGCUCGGAUGCUUACGUCGUUUCUCGUUCUAUGACCCAGAACGUGUCGGACGGUUUCAAAGCGGUCAUAUGUGGUGGUGUUGGUAUCGGUAUGAUGGUUAGCAUAUCAACUCCCUUGACCUCCGCUCUGCUCUUUUUUGCACCCCCACUGCUCAUUGGAGCUACCAUUUACGGAAAGAAGAUCAGAACAAUCUCCCGUGAAUUGCAACAGUCUACCGGAAAUCUCACUCGAGUCUCCGAAGAACAGCUCAAUGGCGUAAAAACCAUUCAGUCCUUUGUGGCGGAGGGCAAAGAACUCAAGCGUUAUAACAACGCAAUAAGGAAAGUUUUCUCUUUCGGCAGAAAAGAGGCACUUGCAAAUGCUACGUUUUUCAGUUCAACCGGCAUUCUAGGAGAUCUCAGUUUUCUGAUUGUUUUGGGCUAUGGAUCUCAUUUAGUUCUGCAAGGAGGUCUGACAGUGGGUGAUCUUACUGCUUUCAUGCUCUACACGGAGUAUACCGGAUCCGCUGUGUUUGGCCUAUCAACCUUUUUUUCUGAACUCAUGAAAGGGGCAGGUGCCGCCUCAAGGCUUUUUGAGAUGACUGAUCAUACAUCUAGCAUCAAGUCGUCCAUAGGAAAAUCUUUUGUUCCCGGGACUGGUAAGAUCGACUUUCACAACGUAUCUUUUGCCUAUCCAACUAGGCCCAACAACCACAUUUUCAAAGACAUGAAUUUCACAAUUGAGUCUGGAUCUAAUGUAUGCAUCGUUGGACCAUCAGGAAGAGGAAAGUCCACGAUCACUUCAUUGUUGUUGCGCUACUAUGAUCCUGUGAGCGGGAACAUUACAAUUGACGGUCAGGACAUUUCAAAAGUAAGCUCUAAGUCCUUGAGGCGUCAUCUGGGUGUUGUUCAACAAGAGCCGAUGCUUAUGUCCGGAAGCAUCAAAUACAAUUUAACCUACGGUCUGAAUAGUGAAGUCUCAAUGGAAGAAAUACGCUCUGCUGCCAAGAAGUGCUUCUGCCAUGGGUUCAUCACCAAAUUUCCUGAUGGUUAUGACACAAUUAUUGGUCCCAGAGGAGCUUCAUUGAGUGGUGGCCAACGGCAGCGUAUUUCCAUUGCGCGAGCCCUGAUCAAAAAACCAAAGAUUUUGAUUCUCGAUGAAGCUACGUCCGCGCUCGAUGUUGAGAGUGAAGGAGCAAUCAAUUAUACCCUAGGAAAGCUAAUGAAAAGUCGUGAAUUAACAAUCAUAAGCAUCGCUCAUCGCCUAAGCACGAUUAGAAGGUCGGAAAACGUUAUUGUCUUGGGUCACGAUGGAUCAGUUGUUGAGAUGGGCAAAUUUAAGGAACUUUAUGCUAACGAAAAUAGUGAGCUAUUCAAAUUACUGAAUGAUAAGAAAAAUGAUAAACCAAGCAAGUCAUUUGUCAAAGGGUUGCCAGAAGGUACCGAAAACUCAGAAGAAAUGCACAUAAAUGAUGAGGUUUUGGAACAUAUGGCCAACGACAUCAGCUUGGAUCAGAAAGCAUCGAAGCUCACUCCGUAA